AUGGAGGAUUUGGAUGCUUUGCUGGCAGAACUGGAGCAGAGCUCCCUCCAGGCCUCCAAGGACCCUGUGUGGCAGGGACCGAGCUCCUGCCAGGAUCCACCUGCCCCCCGUGGCUCUGAGCCUCCUCUGCUGCCUCAGGCUCAGUCUCUGGGAAAGGAUUUGGAGACAGUGUACAGCAGCCCCAUCCCGGUCCCACAGCCCCCACCCACGACGGCCGCCCAGCAGCUGGAUGAGCUCCUGGCCGACCUGGGCCACAUGCAGAGCAAGCUGUCCGGGCAGGGGGCCGGAGUGCCCGCAGAGCCCUCCCUGGACAACAUGCUGGGCAGCCUGACCCGGGACCUGCAGGAGCUGGGCAUCACGGCCGCCCCCGCGGGGGUCUGUGCCGGCUGCCGCAAGCCCAUCGCCGGCAAGGUGCUCACAGCCCUGGGCCAAACCUGGCACCCCGAGCACUUCACCUGUGCCCGCUGCGGGCAGGGGCUGGACAGCCAGCCCUUCUUCGAGCAGGGCGGGCGGGCGUUCUGCGAGGAGGACUAUCACCAGGCCUUCUCCCCCCGCUGCGCCUACUGUGCCGGCACCAUCCGCGAGAAAGUCCUCACGGCCUUGGACCAGACCUGGCACCCCGAGCAUUUCUUCUGCGCCCACUGCGGGAAGGUCUUCGGGGACGAGGGGUUCCUGGAGAGGAACGGGAAGCCCUACUGCCGCCAGGACUUCCUGGCCAUGUUCGCCCCCAAAUGCCAGGGCUGCGAGCGCCCGGUCACGGACAAUUACCUGUCGGCCCUGCAGGGCGUGUGGCACCCCGAGUGCUUCGUGUGCACGGAAUGCCUGAGCGGCUUCUCCGGCGGCUCCUUCUUCGAGCUGGAGGGUCGGCCCUACUGCGAGCUGCACUUCCACCGGCGGCAGGGCACCAUCUGCCACGGCUGCGGCCGCCCCGUCACCGGGCGCUGCAUCACGGCCGCGGGGCGCAAGUACCACCCCGAGCACUUCGUCUGCACCUACUGCCUGGGCCGGCUGCAGAAAGGCACCUUCCGCGAGUGGGGAGACAAGAUGUACUGCCAGGCCUGCCACGACAAGCUCUUCCUCUGAGCCCCCCAGCCUGGGUGCCCCCAAACUCCUCCUCUGACCCCCAGUCUGGUGUUCCCAAACUCCUCCUCUGACUCCCAGCUUGGAUGUCCCCAAACAAACUCCUCCUCUGACCCCCAGCCUGGAUGUCCCCAAAUAAGCUCUUCCUCUGACUCCCAGCCUGGGUGCCCCCAAACUCCUCCUCUGACCCCCAGCCUGGUGUUCCCAAACUCCUCCUCUGACUCCCAGCUUGGAUGUCCCCAAACAAACUCCUCCUCUGACCCCCAGUCUGGGUGCCCCCAAACUCCUCCUCUGAUCCCCAAGCCUGUAUGUCCCCAGACAAGCUCUUCCUCUGACCCUCACCCUGGGUGUCCCCAAACUCCUCCUCUGACCCCCAGUCUGGGUGUCCCCAGACAAACUCCUCCUCUGACCCCCAGCCUGGAUGUCCCCAAAUAAGCUCUUCCUCUGACCCCCAGCCUGCACAUCCCCAAACAAACUCCUCCUCUGACCCCCAGCCUGCACAUCCCCAAACAAAAUCCUCCUCUGACUCCCAGCCUGCAUGUCCC